AGGCGACGGCGCGACGGGGGGCGAUGGCGGAACCCGGGGAGCCGGGCCGGGAGGAGAGGGGGAGCGGCGCCGAGCAGGAGCCGUCCCCCACCGCCUCGUCCCCCCCCGGGGGCGGCGCUGAGGCCGCGGAGGAACCGCCGGCCACGGAGGGGGCGGCAGAGGGGGAUCUGGGGGAGGCUGGAGGCGGCGGGGAGCUCAAGGUGGAGGCGGCGGACGGGGAGGUGAGGAGCGCGGAGGGGGAAGCGUUGGACGGGGAGGACCUGAGCCUGCAGCCGUCGGCGGCCAAGAAGGUGAAGCUGGAGCUGAAGGAGAGGAAGGAGAAGAAGCACAAAGUGGACGAGGAUGAGAUCCAGAAGAUGCAAAUCCUGGUCUCCUCCUUUUCUGAAGAACAGCUGAAUCGCUACGAGAUGUAUCGCCGCUCCGCGUUCCCCAAAGCUGCUAUCAAACGGCUGAUCCAGUCCAUCACAGGCACCUCUGUCUCUCAGAAUGUGGUCAUCGCCAUGUCUGGCAUUUCCAAGGUCUUCGUUGGGGAAGUGGUGGAGGAAGCACUGGAUGUGUGUGAGAAGUGGGGGGAGCUGCCACCUCUGCAGCCCAAACACAUGCGGGAGGCUGUCAGGAGGCUCAAGUCACGAGGACAGAUCCCAAAUUCCAAAUAUAAGAAGAUCAUCUUCCACUGAAGUGUCCUGGGAUCAGCAAAGAGAAGACAAGUUCGAACAAGCUUCACUUGUGCACUGCACAGCAGUUGCAGCAGUUACGAGACAGAAGCACUCCCCCUCUCCUGCUUGCAGUCUUCUCCAAGGAGCCUGUACCAAAGCAAGCUCGAUUCAACGUGGAUUUCAGUAACUUCAAGCAUCAAGGUUUAUGUGGAUUGUUUUCAGUUUACAAAACUACCAUGAAUGUUCUCAGCACGGCUCGUGGGGAAGAAGGGCAGAGAGAAAUGCUGCAGCUGAAGCUGCAUUUGUCCCAUUAAGCUCAUCCCCAUAGGAGAGGCUCCCUGCCAGCAGCCCACGAGCAGCACAUUGUGUGCAGACAUUCAUGUAGGCAACCGUGGGGAUGUUUCCUGCAGUAAUUGCUGAAGGCCAGCUUGUCAGCUUAGUGCUGUGCGGGCUCAAGGAGGAGGCAGCUCCCUGGCCUGGUGCCUCGGGGUCCUCUGACCCAGCAGCCUGGGAAAGGAACAUGCAACGUCUUCGGUGUGUUCACCCACCAGCAUUAUACCUUCUGCUGGCACAGGCGUAGUGGGGUCUCUGUACAGAAGUGUCUUUUUUUUUUUGUACAUUAAACUUGUUACUGUAUUCUUAGUCUCGCUGGGACAGCCAA